AUGUCCCACCACUGCCACGACGAGCACUCGCACUCGCACGGAGAUGGCGGCCACGACCAUGAGCACGACCACUCGGACGACAUUACGCCGGCGCUGCAGUACAGCCUGUACCAGCACAUCGACUUUGACGGGGUCAACGCCAUGAACGAGGCGGCGCCCGGCUCGGGCCGCGCCAUCGUCAAGAAGACGUGGGCGGAGCGCCUGCAGGUCGAGCCCGAGCUCGAGAGCGACGCCGAUGAGCAGAUCAUUCUGAAUGUGCCGUUCACGGGCCAGGUCAAGCUGCACUCGAUCCUGCUGCGGUCGUCGCCGUCGGACUCGGCGCCGCGGACGCUCAAGGUCUUCAUCAACCGGACGGACGUGGACUUUGACACGGCGAGCGAGCUGGCGCCGGCGCAGGAGCUGGAGCUGGCGCAGACGUCGGGCGUGCAGGAGCUGCCGGUCAAGCGCGCCCUGUUCGGCAAGGUGCAGCGGCUGACGCUGUUCCUCGAGGACAACUUCGGCGACGGCGACGAGGACGUCACGCGCCUCAGCUACCUCGGCUUCAAGGGCGAGUGGAUGCAGCUCGGCCGCGCCCCCGUCAACAUCCUCUACGAGGCCGCCCCCAACCCCAACGACCACGCCGUCAAGGGCACCAACGUCAACGCCAUGGGGAGCGGCAUCGGGGGCAGGGGCCCGGGCGUCUGA